AUGGUGUCACCAAAGAAAGCAAGUGGAGUGGAGUUGUUUUGCCCCUGGGGCUCCGGAGGAAUUGAAUCGGAACAGUCUGAAGUAGGAAAUAAUGAUGGAAUACAAAGAGACGAUACUACACUUGAAUCUCGGAGCGAUUAUCCAGACUUUGACGAUCUGAGUGACUUUUUCGACUUUGAAAUCGGACCUUCUCCAGGAUAUAGGCCAUCAGGAUCCUCUGCGAAGAAAAGGUAUCCUCCCAAAGACUACUACUACUACAAAUCGAAAGCACCUGGCAGUUACGGCAGCCACUACUAUCAUCCCUCUGCAAAGAAGCAGGUUGUAACUCCAGGAACCCACUACAAACCUCCGACUGAAAAGCCUCAUAAUGAAGAAGAAAGGAAAAACAUCUCUGAAGGUGACCCCGUGGUCAUCGGAGGAUAUCAGGUGUCUGUAGUAGAUGCCGACAGCCCUGUUCUUUCCAAGUUAGGGCUGUCUCGAGAAGAGCUGGAGAGAUUGUCGGGAUACACGAGACGAAGUACAACAAAUGCCACAAUGGUAGGUUCCGACUCGGUGCCACCUGUUACGUAUGCCGAAACUCCCAGACAGGAUUACAAUCAUCCGGGACCAUCUUCAUAUGACUCCCACAAGCAUUCCAACUAUCCGGAUCCUCCUUACAAUUCGAACGGAUACUACCCGGCUGAAAAUCCCCACAGAUCAUACAAUCCAUCAUCUUCUGCCCAUCCACCACCUCAAGGAUCAUACGACGCCAAAAGCUAUAGAGCUGUCCAACAAUACGGUCAACAAAACUCUGGACCAAAUCAUCACCAUCAUCCAACUCAUUCGCAUCCUUAUGAAGCUCCUUACACUUCCCAAAGGCAAUCAACAGGUUCUUCGUCUUACCAAGGAGGUUCUUCGUCUUACCAAGCAUCACCAGGAUCGUCUUCUUACAAUCCACAUAGGAGUUACAGCAGUGAACCAUGGAAGCAGAUAGCACCGCCAGCACAUACCGAUUGGGACGACAAGAGCAAAAAACAAGAAAACUGGAAUGACAAUGGGCACUAUCCACCUCACCCACCACCUUUGCCUUAUUCCAGCACGUCCUCAAACUCCGGAUCUCACUAUCCUAAAUCUACUUAUAGUUCAUCCUCUUAUGGAUAUGCAGAUAAACCUCGGCCAUAUAGCAAGCCAGACUCAGUGAAGCCACACUAUUCCAGUUCUUCAUCGCCCUCUUCAAGUUCAUCCGAGUACCACAGCCAUAAACCGAGUUAUCGCCCCUCAUCGAGUUAUUCUUCUGGAUCUAAGGCACCGGAAAGGGCGGGGUCUGUCAGCUAUGGUUCUUCUUCUUCCCAUUACCACCACGAGGCACCAUCAAAACCAGGAAUCACCAUUCGUUUCAAGGCAAAAGCUCCUGGACAUGGGCAUGGGGUCAGUGUACCUUUGAGUUUCAAUCCUCUGGAAGUUCUGAAGAAGCUGUCACCGUUGUCAGCGCUCAACCCUCUGAAUAAUAAGAAAGUAACAAUAGGAAUAACGAUAGAAAACAAAAAGGAGCAUGAUUACCACUCGUACAAGAAGUGA